CGAUCACCCAAAUCGGAGGCAAGGCACAAGGCAUCAUCGUGAACAUCACACAUCAUUUCAUCGUGUUCAUCACAUCAUUGUGUACAUCACGCUCGCACACGCUCACCUCAUCCGUGAGAUUAGCGCGAAAUGCGGAAUCAGCGAAGACGACAAAGGCACGUGUGCCCAACGGUGCUCGGCAAGGCCGCGGUGGAAAGGGAAAUAAGGUUACGCUGAGUGAAGAGGGCAGCAGCGCAGGCUGAGUUACAGCUGCCAAAUGAUGUCGUGCGAGCGCGCGGAAGCGCGCGCACGCGAGCGAGCAGCAGAGGCUGGUGGGGCGUGUGGAAGAGGAGGAGCUGGAGACUCCGGUGGCGAGAGAGAGGUGGCGGGAAGAAGCAGAAGUGGACGGAAAAGUGAAGAUCUACUUCACGUAGGGGCAUCUGUUCCAUGCUUUCGGCUGUAAUAUGCCUUGCGCCGAAGGUUGAUGUCGGAGAGUGCUCGAUUGGAAGCAAAGGAGAACGUGCUGAUUCGAAAAGAGCCACCUUCACGUGAGCGCGAUGGUGUGGGUGGGAGUUAACACAAAUGAACAUCGCGCAUGAUUGAUCGACUGACAAACCGUCAGUGGACGCUGUCGAGGAGCGGCGCGGGGAGGACAAGAGUUGCAAUCAGGGUUCAAGAAAGAGAACGAUAGCGACAACAUAGCGAUAACGAAACGAUCUCAUAGCCGCGCCAUAUCUUGGGGUUCAGUCGGUUUUUCGCUGCUGUUACGUUGACGCGAGAGGAGGUAAGAUUUAGCUGGGUGGGGGUAUUUGAUUGCUUGAUUGAUGGUUUUUUUGAUUGAUUGUUCAGGGAAAGGGCUGCCGCAUUCUAUCCGUAUUCGUCCGCUUCCCCAUCAGUCAACCACAAAUCUAUUGAUCUACUACUCCAUCACACCGUACUCCAUCCAUCUCUUGAUCCUUCGCUCCCUCGUGCACCACUUUCCUCCUUGCCUCUCUCUCCACACCUCCAUCUCUCCACCCAGAUAUUCAUCUCUAGUCCAUCGAUCGCUCCUGGAUUCGUUCGCUCAUCCAUUGUACAAUUUUGUUCUUCCUCUCUCUCCCUCAAAUACGCAGCGGCUUUAUUGUUGAUAUCUGCGUGGCAUAGGGUGGCGUGACGAGGCGGACGUGGGCUAGACUUCGUCUAUUUGGCAUGGUGUAGGUGUGGCCGUGGGCGGCACGGGGUCGCCCCUGGCCGGCAGGUGGCUUUAUGGGAGGAGACGCUGAUGAGGGUGCCCCCCCAUCGAAACGUGCUCGUUUGAAUCAUUACUUAGAGUACAGUGUGCUGCUGGGUCGAGGGGGAGACGGCGGGGGUGGAGCCGGCGGCGGCAGCUGCGGCGGCGGCGAAGGCGGAAGUGAGGGGGGAGGGGRGGGGGAAGAGGGCCAGGAAGAAGGAGGAGGUCGUCUCGGCUCGAGGGGCGCGGACUACCCGUUUCGCGGUUUGACUUCCGCCUCUGCUUCUUGUGCGUGGCGUGCGGGGGCCGCGGCCUUCGCUUUCCUUCCCCUUGCUAUGGCAGGCAAGCCCUGCGGCUCAGCCGAUGGUGGGGGUGAUGAUGCCACUGAGGCGGCUGCCGCUGCCGCCGCAGGGGCGGGCGCUCCCCUUACUCUCGAAGGAUCGCUUGGCCGCUUGCCAGCCGUCGAUGCCGAGGAGACGAUUGGAUCCAAGGGCCAGAUUCGGAAGUCGGAGUUCAUUCGAAUUAUUGCGCAAGCGUUGUACAGUCUGGGCUACAACGGAGCCGCCUCUCGGCUGGAAGAAGAGUCCGGGGUCUGCCUCCAGUCUCCUGCCGUUGCCAGUUUUCGCGACGGCAUUCUCGGCGGGCGAUGGGACGAGUGUGUGGCCCUCCUUGGCCUACUUCAGCUGGAUGAUUCCGACGUUCUGAAGAGGGCGACAUUCGAGAUUCUGCAGCAGAAGUUUCUGGAACUUCUGGAGCAAGGGAAGUCUCCUCAAGCGCUGAAGGUGCUACGAUGUGAGCUGGGGGCAUUGGGCAUCAACACGUGGCGUCUACAUCAGCUGGCGAGUUGCGUGAUGUGCACGUGCAAGGAAGACUUGAUGGUAAAAGCGGGAUGGUCAGGCAGCUCUCUCCAGGCGCGGUACGACCUCCUGCUCACUCUUCAACACUUGCUUCCACCCUCCGUGCUUAUUCCUGAAAGGCGGUUGGAGGCUCUUGUGGAACAAGCUCUCUCCGUCCAGCGCGAAAAUUGUUUGUUCCACAAUACCCGCGAGCAAACUCUCUCUCUGCUGUCUGAUCACCAGUGCGGCAAGAAUCUUAUUCCGAGCGAGGCGACGGCUGUGUUGGAAGAGCACACGGACGAGGUCUGGUAUGUGCAGUUUUCCCACGAUGGCACGAGACUGGCUACGGCUUCCAAGGACAGUUCCGUCAUCGUCUGGCAAGUCUUUGACGCCUACCACGUGAAGCUCCAGCACAAGCUCGUUGGCCACGAGGGGCAUUUGUCCUUCGUGGCGUGGAGUCCUGACGACAAGAUGCUCUUGACCUGUGGGCAGGAGAAAUUCGUCAAGUUGUGGGACACGAUGACGGGGGAGUGCAAGCGGACGUUCCUGAAGCACACGGAGCUGGUUUCGGCGUGCGCCUGGUUUCCGGAUAACAGACGGUUUGUGACUGGCGGGAGCGACAAGUGUAUAUAUUUUUGGGGCAUCGACGGAACGGAACUGGAUUGUCACAAGACGAACUCUAGAAUUUCUGACUUGACAAUCAGCCAGGACGGGCUGCGGAUGAUUAGCGCGGGCGAGAAGGAAAUAAAGAUUCACAGAUUCGACGACAAGAGUGACCGCACGAUCACUCUGGACAAUUCCAUCACCUCUCUGUGCAUUUCGCGGGACGACAGGUACAUGCUGGCCAGUCUCGAUAUUCAAGAAAUCCAUUUGUGGGAUCUCAACGCCAAACCGCUCUCCGACAAGCCCACCUUCAAGUACAAAGGACAGAAACGUGUGCGUUUCGUGAUCCGAUCAUGUUUCGGGGGAAGCGACGAGGCGUUCAUUGCAAGCGGAAGCGAGGACUCUCAGGUGUACAUAUGGCUGCGGAGGAACGGAGAGCUUGUCGAGAAAUUGGCGGGACAUAGCGGCACUGUCAAUGCUGUGAGUUGGAACCCGGUCAAUCCGCACAUGUUCGCCUCGGCAAGUGAUGACAAGACCGUAAGGCUGUGGGGGCUAUCCACCCCUUCGCUACCGGGAAUGAACGGAUACCACGGGUAUGACGGAUUGGGGAACGGGAACGCCGCUAAUGGGGCGCUUCAGCUAACAGCUGCAUCGAAUGGCAAUUGCUGAGAGAGGCAGAGGAGGGUAAAGGGAGAUGGUCCGGCUACGGCGAGUGCAUGGUUGCCUUCUUUCCUGUCCCUUGUAGGGAUGGAGGGCAUAACCGGUGUGAGUAUGGAGGAAAGCGACAGGGGGUCGCACAAGAAAACAGAGGCUGAAGGGAAGGGGUGAAAGAGGGAAGGGUAGUGGUUUCGUUUGGGUGUGGCUGUCAGUCUUCCAUUGCUCGGUGGGCUGUGCGAGACGGGAGGGGGGAGAGAGAGAGAGACAGACACAGAGAGAGAGAGAGACACAGAGAAAGAGAGAGAGAGAGAGACAGAGAGACACAGAGAGAGAGAGAGAGAGAGAGAGAGAGAGAGAGAGAGAGAGAGAGAGAGAGAGAAGGGUGGAAGAUUAGGAGUUGCGAGGUGUACGGGCAGCCUGGACGGAGUAAGUGAUGAUGCGAAUGUGAACGAUUUCGAUAACCUGUCGACGACGGCGGUAGUGCGGGACUCUGUUUACGGCUGCGGUAAUUCAUGUAUUUGAGGUAAGUCCAUUGUGUGGUUGCAAAGGAGAGAUGGUUGCUGUGGUUGUGGAGUGGAGAUGGUUGCUGUGGUUGGAGAGUAGAGCAAGCAUGCCUACCCCGUGAGCGUUGUGCACUGCAGGCUGGCUGGCAGGAAGGUGCGGAGGAAGCGAAGUGUCCAUUUUUAUGCGCGUCUCGGAUUUCACCGAUAGAAAGAAUUUCGUUGGGAAACCCAAAGGGGUAGAUGAGAGAGAAAAUCAGGCGGCGGGCAGAUGGUCUGGAUCAUGCGCUUGGUUCAAGUGGUGAGCAUUCGAUGGAACAUGCUGUCCAGCAGAUUGUGGGCAGGGUACUGGUCUGGAUCGUGUGCGCGAUACGACCGAUGAACAUAGAAUGGAUGGAACAUGCUGUCCGUGGAUGAUGGGCAGGGUAAAGGAUGGGGGCGGAGGAUCAUCCGGGGAAAACGGACGCUCAUUUCAAGGAAUUCUGUUGCAUCUCCGGGCUGUGCAAGAAUCUGCAUAUGCUCGGGCACCUGCGCAUCUAACAAGAAGCGAUGGAGAACGUUGGGUGAGUAAACAGGGGGAGGGGUGGUGAAGAGAGAGAGACAGAGAGAGAGAGAAGAGAGAGAGAGAGAGAGAGAGAGAGAGAGAGAGAGAGAGAGAGAGAGAGAGAGGGUGCAUGGAAGGGAGGAAUGGUGAAGGUGGAAGCUUUGGUUUCGUGGAUGCUAUUGUUUUGGUGGAAUGUUCAUCUUCAUCACCGUAUGUGCGCACUGUGAAUGAGAAAAUGAGGGACGUUGGAGGAAAAAUUAAUGGAUGGGCGAAGAGCAAUUACGGUGUAAAUUUCAGUCAGCUGUGGAUCUGCCGCUGUUAUCGCUCUUUGAUGACUAUCAAGCUGCUCGGUGAUGGGAAGAAGCAGGCCGUAUGGCGUUAGCUUAUUUGGCUAUGGCUGUGACGGAGGGAUUCCCGAGGGUGGAUGGGUCGUGGGUCGUUAGGUAGAGAGGGGGAGAGAGACUUACCUACCUGAGACAGGGCAACUUACCUGCCUGGGACUGGAAUGGUGGGAAGAGGGGCCGAAAAUAGGUAGCUGGCAUGUGCUUUUCUCUACGCACUAUGUUACGAUUUGAACGAGGAUUGAUGGCAAGGACGAGGUGGAGGGGGGAGGGGGGGGGGGGACGAGGGGAGGAAGAACGAAGAAAAUGAAGAAAUUGUUGAAUAGAAGAAAUAGCUGGAGAAUAGGAAAAAAGAAGCAUAGCGAUGUACAUAGGUUAUCAUCAUUCUCAUCUACUCCCUGUUACCAUCCCUGUUAUCAUCCCCAUCAUCCUCCUUUUCUCAUCCUCUCCGUAUUUUUCAUUCUUUGUGGUUUCGAAGACAGUUCUUCACGGUCGUUCAUCUUUGCUACGAGUUCCGUGAUUGCUUGUCCCUAAUUUGCACUUAUAUGUGGAGUAUUCGGGCAUCUUGGAAAUGACGACACCGCGCCUAUUUACGAAAUCAACUCAACAAUUCGAC